GCGUUAAGCCCAUUGUAGUUCUUUUGAUGUACUGCUAAAUAUGGAUCUCAGUAACUGUGGUGAUAACUUAAAUGUGACCCCCCUUGGUAUUGGUAGGGGUAGAGGGUUCACAGCUGUUCCUUUUUCACUGGGUGGCCAUCGGGUGGGUAAUAGGACAACAGAUAGUCCCUGUGGGCUUUUGUUUGACUCACAGCCACCAGAGGGCGCUACUGCGUCAGUUGCAAAUCCUCCAAUUACUGAUGUAAGUCUAGUUGACCAAAUGAGUUCUAUUGUACAGCAGAUUGGACAACAGCUGGCUGAUAGCGUUAUGUCACAUCUUAAUACACCUCACACCUCAAGUCCUGCAGCUGCUACGUAUGCAUGUCCUGGUGGGGCAUAUGAAACAAAAGACAUCCCUUCCAGUCAAGCUUUAGAUCUUUCCCAGGUGCAGCUAGUAGCUCAGAGACAGAUCAAAGACCCACCUAUAUUUCGAGGUGAGGGUUCGGACUCACUGACUGUUGAUGAAUGGGAGGAAGCCAUGCAGAGUUACAUAAGGAAGAGCGGCAUUCUCCCAGAAAAUCAAGCUGAGGAGAUUAUGAUGCACCUGAGAGGCAGAGCGAAGGAUGUUGUAAAAUUUGGUGUAAGGAAUGGUGGUCUUGAUGUCCAGCAUAACCCACAAGCCAUCUAUGGCCUCUUACGCAAACAUUUUAGCUCCUCCCACUGCUCGACAGUGCCCCUGGCCGACAGAAAACUCUCACAGUCAAUCCCUGAUAUUGACAGGAAAUCAGCUGAGGAUUUUGUCAUCAUAGGGUGUGGGGGCCACUUUGUCACGCCUUCUGCUAUGUAUGACCUCACUGUAUCAGUGUAUGGCUUUAGGGUGAUAAUUCCUGUUCUGGUUGUCCCGGGCCAGACUGAUGACAUGAUCCUGGGCAGCAAUGCUAUAAAGUGGCUUAUUUCACAGUUGAAAGUGACUCUUGGUGCCCAGAAUAGCCCGUCCACAGUGGGUGGUAUUCAGAGUGACACUUUACCCCACUUGGCAACCUUGCUGUCUUAUUCAGAUAACUGUGAUGUACAUGCACUGCCUCCCAGCUUUGGCACUGCGAAACUUAAGAGACGCGUCACCCUGCAGCCCAUGUCUGAACAUUUGGUGUGGGCUAAGCUGCCUGCACCUGAUGCCUCAGUGGCAGGGAGUACUGUCAUCAUUGAGCCCACCCAGUCUCGGUCCAGACCUGUUCAGAUUCUGGUGGGCAGAGUUGUAACUUCCUUGUGGGGGGAUGGUUGGGUCCCUGUUAAAGUGGUGAAUCCCUCUGAGAAGCCCCUCACUCUGAGACGAAAUACAAAGAUUGCUGAUGUGUCCCCCUGUCUUUCUGUACAGGACUUACCUGAACCUGUCCUUAUUCAAUCAAGUGCACAGUACACACAAGACUCACCGACUACUCUGAGAUCAGAGGCAGAAAUGUCACAGACCUUGUGUGAUUUGGGCCUACAGGACUUGGACCUUUUGUCUUGUGAAGUUUCCCUGGAAUGGAAGGGCAAACUGCUGCGGAUCAUUGAACAGUAUGAAUCCAUCUUUUCCCGGCACAAAAUGGAUUGUGGUGAAGCAGUAGACUUUGUCCACAGAAUCCGCCUUGUAGAUGACAAACCCUUCAGACUGCCAUACAGACGGGUACCGCCAUGCUAUUAUGAGAAACUUCGCACUGCCCUGAACGAGAUGGAGGAGUCGGGGAUAAUUCGUAAGUCACAGAGCGAAUUCUCAUCUCCCCUUGUCUUGGUUGCUAAGCCAAAUGGUGACUUGCGCAUAUGUAACGACUUCAGAUGGCUGAAUGCAAGGACAGUUAAAGAUGCACACCCUUUGCCUCAUCAGUCAGAUGCACUUGCUGCACUUGGUGGAAAUGUCUUCUUUUCCACAAUGGACCUCACGUUGGGGUUCUACAAUGUCAGACUCCAUGAGGAUGAUAAAAAGUACACUGCGUUCUCUUCCCCAUUUGGCCUUCAUGAAUAUAACAGAAUGCCCCAAGGCCUGACAAAUAGUCCUGCCACUUUUAUGCGAAUGAUGAUGUCCAUUUUUGGUGAUGAGAACUUCACAAGCCUGUUAUGCUACCUGGAUGACCUUAUGGUCUAUGCCCCAUCUGAACAGGUGGCACUUGACCGUCUACAGAUGGUCUUUUCACGCCUUGCUGCCAACAACCUGAAGCUCUCGCCUAAGAAAUGCCACUUCCUUCAGCGGUCUGUGAAGUUCCUGGGACACAUCAUAUGUGGUGAUGGUGUACAAAUGGACCCAAGUUAG